AUGGGCACACUGUUCACGGGAACCUGCGAGCUGCUGAGUGCUUUCCUUGCCAAUGCUGCAUGGCACCUCCCCUUCAACACCCAUCACCCUCAUCCGUUCCCCCUCUCCCCCCCUCGUACCACCAGCGCUCCGCUCUGCAUUUUUUUGUCCCACACCGGAUUCUGGCCCACUGACCCAAGCGACACCAAAGUGACAUCACUAUCAUGGGCCACUCGGCUGUUUACACUUUCCCCCUCCCCGCACCCCUCUCCCUCCUCCCCCCUCUCUUCCGCCCCUCGUAGCUGCGCACCUUCUUCUGCCCCACCGACUCCCACCCCUACGGCACUUCUCUUCCACAAGGGCAGUUCUCUUUCACAGGGGCAGUUCUCUUCCGCGGGGGUAGUUCUCAUCCGCAGGGGCAGUUCUCUUUUGCAGGGGCAGUUCUCUUUUGCAGGGGCAGUUCUCUUCUGCAGGGGCAGUUCUCUUCCGCAGGGGGAGUUCUCUUCUGCACGGGGAGUUCUCUUCCGCAGGGGCAGUUCUCUUCCGCAGGGGCGGUUCUCUUCCGCAAGGGCGGUUCUCUUCCGCAGGGGCGGUUCUCUUCCGCAGGGGCAGUUCUCUUCCGCAGGGGCAGUUCUCUUCCGCAGGGGCAGUUCUCUUCCGCAGGGGCAGUUCUCUUCCGCAGGGGCAGUUCUCUUCCGCAGGGGCAGUUCUCUUCCGCAGGGGCAGUUCUCUUCCGCAGGGGCAGUUCUCUUCCACAGGGGCAGUUUUCUUCCGCAGGGGCAGUUCUCUUCCGCAGGGGCAGUUCUCUUCCGCAGGGGCAGUUCUCUUCCGCAAGGGCAGUUCUCUUCCGCAGGGGCAGUUCUCUUCCGCAGGGAUAGUUCUCUUCCCCAGGGGCAGUUCUCUUCCUCAGGGGCAGUUCUCUUCCACAGGGGCAGUUCUCUUCCACAGGGGCAGUUCUCUUCCACAGGGGCAGUUCUCUUCCACAGGGGCAGUUCUCUUCCACAGGGGCAGUUCUCUUCCACAGGGGCAGUUCUCUUCUACAGGGGCAGUUCUCUUCCACAGGGGCAGUUCUCUUCCACAGAGGCAGUUCUCUUCCACAGGGGCAGUUCUCUUCCACAAGGGCAGUUCUCUUCCACAGAGGCAGUUCUCUUCCACAGAGGCAGUUCUCUCCUUACCCUGCGACCCCUCCCCGUCCUCCCCGUCCUCUGUCACAGCGCAAUGCGUGUUGCUACUUUCCCGCUGAAAUGGGCGUGGCGCGAGAAAGAGAGCGGUGAGGAGAAGUUUUUCUGUCUCUCACUUCCCAUCUCCUCCUACCCCGUGUCUCCUGCACCUCACUCCACCACUGCUGGAUCUGCAGCUCCUGCUGCUCCUGCUGGCUCUACUGCUAGUGCACGCAGCAGCAGAGGUACCAGAGGCGAUGAUACCGAUCCCAGUGCUGCUGGCACUGAUCGCGGUGUUGCCGCCUCUCUCACUCACCAUCCGCUCUUCGUUGCAAAAUCUAUUCCAGGGUGCCUCAUGCUGCAACCAACCAGCCCAGCCUCCUCUCGCUCACCCGCUUCUCCUCCUGUGCCUGCUGCUGGGGCUUCGUCUAUCAACCCCUUCUCACUGCCAAAUGCAGCAGCCAGGCACGUGGAAGGGCAGCUGGUUGAGAAGGUGGAGGCGCAGCUGGUUGGGAGAAGAAAUUUGGACAGAGAGGGGAAGGAAGAAGAGCGAGAUGAGGGGCAAGUGCCGGAAGGCGAGGGUUGGGAGUGUGAAGAGGAGAAUAAAGAGGUGGAGGAGGAUUGGGCGGAGCUGCUGGAAGGAGCGGCUGGUGUGAUUGGGGAGGGCGCACGCGCGAGUGCGACACCGCUAGCAUAUCUCAGCAAGUCUAGCGAGCGGUCUGCUCCGCUGUAUCUAGCCCCUUUCCCGCUCACUUCCUUCCCUUUGUCCCACUCACUUGUGUCGCUGCGCACCUUCUUCUGCCCCACCGACUCCCACCCCUAUGGCACGUCCGCACUGUUCACCUCCACAGUAGCACGCCAGAGGCUACUGACGUGGCAGAGUUCUCUUCCACAGGGGCAGUUCUCUUCCACAGGGGCAGUUCUCUUCCACAAGGGCAGUUCUCUUUCACAGGGGCAGUUCUCUUCCGCAGGGGCAGUUCUCAUCCGCAGGGGCAGUUCUCUUUUGCAGGGGCAGUUCUCUUUUGCAGGGGCAGUUCUCUUCCGCAGGGGCAGUUCUCUUCCGCAGGGGGAGUUCUCUUCCGCAGGGGCAGUUCUCUUCCGCAGGGGAAGUUCUCUUCCGCAGGGGCGGUUCUCUUCCGCAGGGGCGGUUCUCUUCCGCAGGGGCGGUUCUCUUCCGCAGGGGCCGCAGGGGCAGUUCUCUUCCGCAGGGGCAGUUCUCUUCCGCAGGGGCAGAUCUCUUCCGCAGGGGCAGUUCUCUUCCGCAGGGGCAGUUCUCUUCCGCAGGGGCAGUUCUCUUCCGCAGGGGCAGUUCUCUUCCGCAGGGACAGUUCUCUUCCCCAGGGGCAGUUCUCUUCCUCAGGGGCAGUUCUCUUCCACAGGGGCAGUUCUCUUCCACAAGGGCAGUUCUCUUCCACAAGGGCAGUUCUCUUCCAGAGGGGCAGUUCUCUUCCACAGGGGCAGUUCUCUUCCACAGGGGCAGUUCUCUUCCACAGGGGCAAAUCUCUUCCACAGGGGCAGUUCUCUUCUACAAGGGCAGUUCUCUUCCACAGGGGCAGUUCUCUUCCACAGAGGCAGUUCUCUUCCAUAG